AUGAGACACUCGUGGAUCUUAUUGGCCAGCCUUGUGCCAGCAUGGGGAUUGACUCUGCACCAGCGCGACAAUCCCGCUGUGGUGCAAAUGGACAUUCAGCGCAAAGAUGUCGCGGAUCCAGUUACUAGAGAUCGGAUCCGAAAGCGUUCUUCAACUGUCACUCAAUCUUUAGACAAUGAGGAAACGUUGUACUAUUGCAAUAUCACUCUGGGUACUCCCGAACAAAGCCUACGCCUCGUCAUCGACACCGGAAGUAGUGAUCUAUGGACUAAUACGCCAAAUUCGACUCUCUGCGAAUCAUCCUCCGAUCCCUGCGAAGAUUCGGGCACUUACGACUCAAGUUCAUCUUCUUCAUAUUCCUUCGUGUCGUCAGACUUCAAUAUUAGCUAUGCCGAUGGGUCCGGAGCCGCCGGUGACUAUGUAACCGAUACCCUCACUAUCGGAGGAACCACCAUCAAGGACUUCCAGUUUGGUAUUGGUUUUACCUCUGGAUCUACAGAGGGUGUACUAGGUAUUGGAUAUACUUCAAAUGAAGUGCAGGUUGGCACCGGUGCUUCGUCUUAUGCCAACCUCCCCAAGGCAAUGGUCCAGCAUGAUGUAAUCAAAUCCAAUGCAUACAGUCUCUGGCUGAAUGAUCUGGAUGCGAGCACAGGCUCCAUCCUGUUUGGCGGAGUUAACACUGCGAAAUUCCACGGCACGCUGCAGACCCUGCCCAUUCAGAAGGUCGGUGGGCAGUACUCUGAAUUCAUUAUUGCCCUCACUGGACUUGGUCUCCAGAACUCGUCUGGUCACCGCGCCUACUCAUCGAGUGCACUCCCUGCAGGGGUGCUCUUGGAUUCAGGAAGUUCCCUCACAUAUCUACCCGACGCCCUCGCUGAGGAUAUAUACGAGGACUUGGAUGUUACUUACGAGUCCUCCAGUGGAAUUGGCUACAUUGAAUGUAGUAUGGCCUCAAAGGACGUCAAUAUUUCUUAUACAUUUUCGUCCCCAACGAUUACCGUGGGACUCGACGAGCUGAUUAUCGAUGUGGGUGACAUCUACUUCCGCAACCGCCAGCGAGCAUGUGUCUUCGGCAUUGUUCCUGCAGGGGGAAGUACCUCGGUUUUGGGAGAUACUUUCCUGCGCAGUGCCUACGUGGUAUACGACUUGGCCAACAACGAGAUUUCUCUUGCCAACACCAACUUCAACUCCACCGAGAACAACGUCAUGGAAAUUGGCACUGGCACCGAUUCGGUUCCUAGUGCUACUGCAGUUGCAAAUGCAGUAACCACUGCGCCUGUCGGUGGUUCUGGCGCUCGCAUUGGGGGUCCAGAUGGAGGAUCAGGUAUCUUCACCACGAUCUCUGAGACUGGCAACUGGGCUGUUCCCAAGGCAACCGCUAUGCCUAAGCAUCUGGCAUUUGGAAUUGUCGGUGCUGGCGCUCUGCUGGCCCUGUAG